AUGAGUGCGUGGAGGAUAUUAAAUGAUAAUAAUUUACACCCCUAUCAUAGACAAAGAGAACAGGAGUUGCUGCCACGUGAUAAUAUCGCCAAACUAAAUUUCGCAACCGAUAUGAUAAAUCGAAGAACGGAAAAUCCAAAUUAUUUUUCGAACAUCUUAUUCACCGACGAGGCUGGUUUCACAAAAGAUGGUAUUUUCAACCAGCAUAGUUCUCAUGUAUGGACUGAAGAAAAUCCACAUGCUAUACGAAUAGGAGGAUCACAGUACAAAUUUAGUAUAAAUAUUUGGUGCGGUAUUAUUGGAAAUUAUUUGUUAGGACCUCAUGUUUUACCACCUAGGUUAAAUGGACGCGAGUUUCAAAAUUGUCUUAUGUACACUUUACCCGUACUAUUAGAAAAUAUUCCUAAUGAAAAACAGGAAACAAUGUGGUUCGUGUUAAAUGGAAUCCCACCUCGUCAUACGAUAGAGGUCAGAGAGUAA